GUAUUUGUAAAUUGUACAUGAAGUAAGGGUUUAUUAUGUCAUUACAUAACUGGUAUCGGGUUUGUUGACAAAGGAUUUAAUCGUCACAAAUACAAUUCACAUCGAUUGUCGUUCCGAGUUCAUUUAUCCAAAAACAAAAAAAUUAAAUUUUCAUUACUCCUCAGAUGGCGGAGCCUUCAAAAUUCGACCCGGAUCGCCUUCUAGCUCUCACAUUUCCGGAGUCAACGUUCACUUAUACUGAAAGAGAUGCAGCAAUUUAUGCCUUGGGAAUUGGAGCUUGUGGUCGGGAUGCUACUGAUACUGACGAGCUUAAAUAUGUUUAUCACGAAAACGGGCAGCAGUUUAUCGAGGUCUUGCCAACUUUUGCUGCGCUAUUUCCAUUUGGGUCACUGAUGAAUAGUAUAGAUUUGCUUGGGUUGCAAUAUGAUCCACGUCUUUUGUUGCAUGGACAGCAAUAUAUAGAAGUGUACAAGCCAUUUCCUUCUAGUGCAUCUAUACAUAAUAAAUUCAGCCUUGCUGGAUUACAUGACAAAGGUAAAGCUGCUAUUGUUGAGAUAGAAACAAAAAGUUAUGAGAAAGAGUCUGGUGAAUUAUUAUGCACGAGCAGGUCAACUGUCUACCUUCGAGGAGCUGGUGGCUUUUCAAACUCGAAUCACCUCUUUUCUUAUUCCAGUUAUCCAGCCAACCAAGUUAUAGCUGUGAAAAUUCCAAAAAGUCAACCUUUCGCUGUAUUUGAAGAGCCUAUUCAACCAUCUCAGGCAUUGCUGUAUCGGCUAUCUGGUGACUAUAAUCCUCUGCAUUCAGAUCCUAUGAUUGCUAAAGUUGCAGGAUUCUCGCGUCCAAUAUUGCACGGUCUAUGCACUCUUGGAUUUGCUGUUAGAGCCAUUAUCAAAUGUCUUUGCCGAGGAGAUCCAAGCCUUGUCAAAAACAUAUCUGGUCGAUUCCUUUUACAUGUGUACCCUGGUGAAACUUUGAUCACUGAAAUGUGGCUAGAAGGCUUGAGGGUUUUAUAUCAGGCAAAGAUAAAGGAAAGGAACAGGGCAGUGCUGUCUGGCUUUGUGGACAUCCAUCGUUUAGCUUCAUCCCUGUAAAUUAAGUCCAUAUAAUACCAAACAAGAGGAGUUUGAAUUCUUAGAAAUAUGUUGUUCAAUAAUUGUUGCUAGACCUUAUUGUUGCAAGAAAUAAAAAGCAUCUCAUGUUGUUACUGCCAAGCA